AUGUCCAGUUCGCGGAAUCCUUUGACCCCAACAUCUACAUCCGAGACUACAACGAGCAGCAGUAUCCCAACUCCAGGAGGUUCGUCUCAGGGUUCGACUCUGGCAACAUCAACUUUAGUACCCUCAACGACCACUGAAAUCCAAGAAAUACGACCUGAUUGCAGCAACUUGCCAAAUGGAGUAUUUCUAAGAGACCCCCUGUCAUGCAACAAGUAUUAUGUAUGUCUGGAUGGUAAAGCGAUUCAAGAGAGCUGUCCGAAAAAUCUGAACUUCGACAUUAAAAGAAAGGUCUGCAAUUUUCCCAGUUUAGUGGAUUGUUCUUUUGACGAAGUCCUAGAGACUGUCACGAAGAAGCCCUCAAAUACAGAAUCCACUCCCGACUGCAAAUUAUUGCCAAAUGGGGCCUAUAUAAGAGAUCCAAACUCAUGCAGUAGGUUCUACGUUUGUGCUAACGGUCGACCUAUGGCUCGACAGUGUCCUAGGGGUCUGCACUUUGACAACAAAUCAAACUUCUGUAAUUAUCCCAGUCUGGUUCAAUGCUCGGUAAAGGCGUAGAUCAGCGACUGGUUAAGAUAUCGUAAACAAAGAGCUUUUAAAUAUAAGUAUACGGCACGCUCUGUAAUCUAGUUAUAGGAAUAUGGUGAAUGGGUUUAUUACAUUAGUUUAUAUGUACAUUGGGUUGAAGGGUAACAGCUACUAAUCAAUAUAUUUUAGUGUGGUUACUGACACAUAAGUUACAAGCAGACUCUAAUACGACCUAGCCAGUUGAAGAGUAUAGUUAAUUACUCGAUCUGUCUAGGAAUUAUAUAAUAAAUAAAGUACUUACAAAACAAA